GAAGCCUCAAUUGACAUGCCAAUUGAAUAUUUUCUUCCUCCCCCUGGUUAUAAUUCCCCCGAGCAGGUUCAUAUAACACAAGGAGAUCAUAUAGGAAGAAGUGUGAUUGUUUCAUGGGUAACACCACUAGAAAGCCAAUCAAAUUAUGUGACCUUUUGGGAAGAAGGGGCCAAGCAUCAUCACAAACACAAAGCUCAUGCUAAAACCACAUCUUAUAAAUACUAUAAUUACACUUCUGGUUAUAUCCACCAUGCCACAAUCAAACGACUAAAGUAUAAUGUGACAUACAUAUAUCAACUGGGAGAACAUAAUUCUACUCGGAGAUUCUCCUUCACAACUCCGCCAAAAGUUGGACCAGAUGUUCCUUACACAUUUGGUAUUAUCGGGGAUUUGGGGCAAACAUAUGACUCAAAUCAAACGUUGGAGCAUUAUUUGUCGAACCCAAAAGGUCAAGCUAUGUUGGUUGUUGGUGAUUUAUCAUAUGCAGAUCAUUACCCAUUUCAUGACAACAUGAGAUGGGAUACUUUUGGCCGUUUUAUUGAGAAGAGUGCUGCCUAUCAACCUUGGAUUACUGCUGCUGGCAAUCAUGAACUUGAUUUUGCUCCUGAGAUUGGUGAAAAUACUCCAUUCAAGCCAUACACGCAUAGGUAUCAUGUACCCUACAAGGCAUCUCAGAGUACAUCUCCUCUUUGGUAUUCAAUCAAACGUGCAUCGACUUAUAUAAUAGUCCUAUCCUCUUAUUCAGCCUAUGGUAAAUAUACUCCACAAUAUAGUUGGCUUGAAGAAGAAUUCCCAAAGGUUAACAGAACUGAAACUCCGUGGCUAAUUGUUCUGCUUCACUCUCCAUGGUACAACAGUAACAACUAUCAUUACAUGGAAGGUGAAAGCAUGAGAGUGAUGUUCGAGUCCUGGUUUGUUCAGAACAAGGUUGACAUGGUGUUUGCAGGACAUGUUCAUUCUUAUGAACGCUCGGAACGAGUAUCAAAUGUUAUGUACAACAUCACAAAUGGACAGAGUACUCCAAUUGAAGAUCCUUCCGCACCUAUAUACAUAACAAUUGGGGAUGGUGGAAAUAUUGAAGGCAUUGCUAACAAUUUUACAGAACCACAGCCGAGCUACUCAGCUUAUCGUGAAGCCAGUUUUGGUCACGCAGUUCUUGAAAUUAAGAACAGAACUCACGCCUAUUAUACUUGGCAUCGUAACCAGGACAGUGAACGAGUUGCAGCAGAUUCUUUGUGGAUUUACAAUAGACACUGGUAUCCUAAAAAGGAAACCAGCUCUAUGGCUUGA